GGGAUUUGAUGUUAGAAAAUCUGUUAGGCGGCUGGUUACCAACAACAACAAUUUUUUGAGAUUGUUGAGCUAAUUUGUUAGUGUAAGGAUAUAUUUUCAAGUUUUGAAAAUGGCUGAUAACAGAUACUGUUUUAUUGUGGAGUGGUAUGAUCAGUUUGCUGCUCUUGUAAGACAAUACCAACUGAUGUUCUACAGCCGUGACAACUCUGUCGAAAUGUUUGAUGUCAAGAAUCGUAGAAUAUUUUUGAAGAGGACAAAAUUGGAUGGACUCAAGUUGGAGAAUUUGUAUAUUGGGGCUACAGUUGAUUUGUUCUCAAGGCAGAUAACCUUUGUUGAUUAUGGAGACGAUUUCACUAAAAAUUGCCUCUGUCAGCAGAAAGAAAGGUCAUUAGGUAUAAUUAAGCCGGAUGCGAUGAGCAAAGUAGGUCAGAUUAUUGACACAAUAUUCCAGUCAGGGUUCAAGGUCACCAAACUGAAAAUGUGUCAUUUGACCAGAAAUGAAGCCUUUGAGCUCUACCAGGAACAUCAGGGAAAAACAUUCUUUGAUAAAUUGAUCAGCUUUAUGACCAGUGGUCCAAUACUGGCAUUUGAAUUGAUGGGAGUUGACGCUGUUAACAAAUGGCGGGAAAUGAUUGGGCCAACAGACAGUGCCGAAGCGAGGAAAUGUGCACCGUCAAGUCUGCGAUCGAGAUUUGGCAAAGACAACACAGAAAAUGCAUGUCAUGGAUCAGACAGUCUGGCAUCGGCAGCAAGAGAGUUGGAGUUUUUCUUCCCGUCUGUCGGACAAGUGAGACGAAAUACUGCCAAAUGCACAGAAUGUACUUGCUGUGUGAUUAAACCACAUGCUGUCCAAGCAGGUAACGCAGGCAAGAUUAUUAGUGCUAUAAUGGAAGCCGGUUUUGAAGUUUCUGCCAUAGAGAUGUUUCAUAUGGAGAAAGCGAAUGCCGAAGAAUUUUUUGAAGUUUAUAAAGGUGUUGUACAAGAAUACAAUGCGAUGGUGUUGGAGUUGACGUCAGGGCCGUGUAUAGCUCUAGAAGUCAGGGCCCAGAAUGCUCCCACUGCUUUCCGAGAAAUGAGUGGACCUGCUGAUCCAGAAAUUGCCCGUCAUUUAAGACCAAGAACAUUGAGAGCAUUGUUUGGACAGGAUAAAGUAAAGAAUGCGGUUCAUUGCACAGAUCUGCCUGAAGAUGGAUUAUUAGAGGUUGAAUACUUCUUCAAAGUUUUGGACCGAUGAACUCAUUGAAUGCCUACCAAACACCAUCAUUACAAGAGAUUACAUCAGUUACCAUGUAGGACAAUUCUCCACUGUUUCAAGAAAAAAACUGUAAUAUUCUAGUAUCCCAGAAAUAAAGAUAGUCUGCAGACAUAAACUUAAUAAUGUGUUGCAACGUAAGUUGGGCAACAUAAUAAAACAGAAGAAUAUAUGCAUAACUAUACAUAAAACUAUUUAUUUAUUGCAUUUGCGUUGAUUUAAGAAACUGUACUUUAUGAUGAUAAUGAAAGAAUGUCUAAGUUCUGUAAGGAAGUCGUUAUUAAGGUAACUGAAUAUUUAAGAAAUAUAAGGUUCUUAAAUACAUGUAUAUAUGUAUGUAUUUUUGCUUUUUACUUUUACUUUAACCUUUAGCCUGCUCACGACAAGUGAUUCUGCUUUUGCAACCAGUGCAGAUCAAGAUCAACCUGCACGUGUGCAGACUGAUCAUGGUCUGCACUGUCCACUAUUUAGUCAGUAAAUUUUCAGUGAAUGCCCAUUCGUACGAUAAAUGGUAUUGCCCAAAUUGAACUAUGGACCAGUUCAUUUUUAAACAUCUAGCAGGCUAAGGGUUAACUAUGGAAUGUAAUUGUCUAACUUUUGUAGAAUAAGACAGAUGAAUUCUUAUAAUGAUGUAACAUACCACAUUAUAAUUUAUGUCCGGCAGAAGUACGUUUUUCAGCUAUCUGUGAUAUUUUGCGUUAGUUUUUCAGCUCUUAAAAUGUUAUGACAUGGGCUUAUUUUAGGUAAAUCUAUACUUGAAAUAUUGUUAAAUUGAUUCAUUAAUGAAUAGAAGCACAUUUCAGUGUUUGUAGUAUGUUAUAUUUUCAUGUAUCAUUUUUAUGUGCUCUUAUAGAAUAAUAUGCAUUAUAAAAAUCAAAAUCA